AGCUCCGCGCCCUCGGGCGGGACAGAGCCAAACCGAGGUGGGAACAGCUGUGGGAGCGGGGCCUCCAAGAUGAGGCCGGCGCUCGCCCUGUGUCUCCUCUGGCAGGCGUUCUGGCCUCGGCCCGGCGGGGGCGAGCACCCCACGGCCGACCGCGCGGGCUGCUCGGCCUCGGGGGCCUGCUACAGCCUGCACCACGCUACCAUCAAGAGGCUGGCGGCCGAGGAGGCCUGCAGUCUGCGCGGCGGGGCGCUCAGCACAGUGCGCGGGGGCGCCGAGCUCCGGGCGGUGCUCGCGCUCCUGCGGGCAGGCCCGGGGCCCGGAGGGGGCUCCAAGGACCUUCUGUUCUGGGUGGCGCUGGAACGCGGGCGAUCCCACUGCACCCUGGAGGACGAGCCGUUGCGGGGCUUCUCCUGGCUGUCCCCCGACGUCAGCGGGUCCGAAAGCGACACGCUGCAGUGGGUGGAGGAGCCCCAACGCUCCUGCACCUCUCGGAGUUGCGCGGGACUCCAGGCCACCCGGGGGGUCGAGCCCGCAGGCUGGAAGGAGAUGCGAUGCCACUCGCGCGCCAACGGCUACCUGUGCAAAUACCAGUUUGAGGGCUUGUGCCCGGCGCCGCGCCCCGGGGCCGCCUCUAACUUGAGCUACCGCGCGCCCUUCCAGCUGCACAGCGCGGCGCUGGACUUCAGUCCCCCAGGGACCCAGGUGAGUGCGCUCUGCCCCGGGCAGCUCUCCGUCAGAGCCACCUGCCUCGCCGACGAGGUCGGCGCGCGCUGGGACGGGAUAGCCCCCGGGGCUGUGCUCUGUCCCUGCCCCGGGAGGUACCUCCGUGCCGGCAAGUGCGCGGAGCUCCCUGACUGCCUAGACGACUCUGGAGGCUUUGCCUGCGAGUGCGCGGCGGGCUUCGUGCUGGGCAAAGACCGACGCUCUUGUGUACCCAGUGGGGAAGGACAGGCGGCCCCUGAGGGGACCAAGGUGCCCGCCAGGCCUGCCACUGCGGCCAGCCCCGUCCCGAAGAAAACGUGGUCACCCACGGUACACGAGAAGCCAGGAGAGGUACCCCAUGCCCCAGGACAAGGCAGUUCUGCAACAUCUCUUCCCGGGACUCCUCGGUGGGGAGCACAGAGCACGAUGUCUACCCUUCGGAUGUCCCCUCAAGCCAAUUCAAAGGCCACCGUCACCUCUCCGGGAAGCGUGAUUCCCAAGUUUAAUUCCACGUCUUCCUCUGCCAUUCCCCAAGCUUUCGACUCCUCCUCCACCGUGGUCUUCAUACUUGUGAGCAUAGCGGUGGUGGUGUUGGUUAUCUUGACCAUGACAGUGCUGGGGCUUUUCAAACUCUGCUUCCACAAAAGCCCUUCCCCCCAGCCAAGAAAGGGGCCUUUGGCCCAGCCGGGCAUGGAGAGUGAUACCGAAGCCGCUGCUCUGCGUUCCAGUUCUGCACAGUGCACAGACAAUGGGGUGAAGGUGGGGGACUGUGGUCUGCGGGACAGGGCGGAGGGCGCCUCGCUGACAGAGUCCUCUCUUGGCUCUGGUGACACAUAGGGGACCGGGACAAUGGGCACUUCUUCUGAGCAGAGUUUUUCACUUUCAAUGAAAAGGGAAAAGAAGAGGAACUUAUUUAUGCGACUGACUAUUCUUAUAGAAAAUCCCCUUCCCCCAAAUUCCCUCUACUCCACUGAGGAGCCACAUCUGAAUUGGACACUCAUUCCCUGAAGAUGGAAGAGGUGGGGACAAGUGGAAGUGCCCUAUGGUGGUCCUGGGGGCCGGGAUCCUACUGGGGAGAGUUACUUCCCUGAGCUGAUUCCUGGGCAUUUAUUAAAGUGGUUGAACUUCUAAGGCGUUGGAAGCAGACAGAAAACAAUACAAUUAAAAAAAAAAUUUAACCAACAUGGAAAGGAAACUGUCUACAUUGUGCAGGUUGGACAUAUAUUGCUUUGAACUUUCCAGCCAAAAAAUAAAGAACUGUUGAUAACCCA